UUCCCUUUAAUUUUUCCACUCCCAUAGAUCGAUUCGUCGCAAUCAAAAUAUUAUUCUCCGCCCAUUCAGGAAUUUCGUCAAACAGAUCGCGGACCAAAAAACCUCUAUUUAACACCCUCUUCCUCUUUCAUGUUUGGUUGCUGGGAAAAAAAAAGAAAAAAAGAAAAAGAAAAAUCCCAAUAAAGGAUUUCAAAAAUCAAAUCUUAUUAUUGCUGUUUCAUUAUUUUUGUGUUUUUUCCCCCAUCGUUUUGUUCUGUGAAAAAAGCGAAAGAAAAAAAAGAAUUUGUGCUUAUCAACUCUUUUACUUUGCAAGAUUGACCCUUACCUAAAAUCUCGGCCACCAAACAGCGUGUUUCAAGCUUAGCUUAUCUGGGUUUUGUUUUUUUGGGCGAUUAUCUGAUACAAAACCGUGUUGUUUUGCUUGAUCUGCUUUUUUUCUUGGGGUUCACUUUUAGGGUUUUUUUUGUCGCGUUGAUUUCAUAUAACUGUGUGAACGGUGGUUAUUGCUGGUUGAAUUACUAGGGUUUUUUUUAGAGGAAUUUUUUUUUUUUUUUUUGGGGGAAUAAGAUAUAACAUUUAGGAUUUGUGUUCUGAAUUUGGUGAUUCUAGAAAUUUGGGUAGGUUUCUGAUGGCGGAUCGGAACGCUGCGGUUGCUAAACCGAUAUGGAUGAAACAAGCUGAGGAGGCAAAACUGAAAAGCGAGGCUGAGAAAGCCGCUGCAGCUAAAGCUGCUUUCGAAGCCACAUUCAAAGAUGUGGAAAAGAGUCGAAGCGAGAAGGAAACAACGGCUUCAUCGGAUAGUGAAGGCGAAGAAGAAGCCGAGGAUUUGUCCAACAAGCCCAUUGGGCCGGUGGACCCGGCCAAGUGUAUGUUACUCGGGGGUGGGAUUGCUGGCGGUACUGCAUGUGCCCCAUCUUCAUUUACACUAUUGACUAAGGAUGCCGACGGGAGGAAGGUGCCGAAUGGCGGUGCCCAAAUCAAGGUGAAGGUAUUGCCGGGAGUGGGAGUUGGAGGAUCGGAGCAAGAAGGAAUGGUGAAGGAUAUGGGGGAUGGGACUUACACAGUUACAUAUGUGGUGCCAAAAAGAGGGAAUUACAUGGUGCAUGUUGAAUGUAAUGGGAAGCCAAUCAUGGGUAGCCCAUUCCCUGUUUUCUUCAGUCAAGGUACUAGUAGUGGAGGACUGCUGGGUUUGGCUCCUCCUUCCACAUUUCCAAAUCUAGUUAACCAAAACAUGCCAAACAUGCCAAAUUAUUCUGGAUCAGUUUCAGGGGCAUUGCCUGGAUUACUGGGAAUGAUUCCUGGCAUCAUUCCUGGAGCUUUAGGGGGGGCUAUUUUGCCUGGAAUUGGAGCAUCUCUUGGUGAAGUUUGUCGAGAAUACCUUAAUGGUCGGUGUCCUAAAACUGAUUGUAAGUUGAAUCAUCCGCCCCACAACCUCCUAAUGACUGCAUUAGCUGCAACAACCACCAUGGGUACUGUAAGUCAAGUUCCUAUGGCCCCUUCUGCAGCUGCAAUGGCUGCUGCUCAGGCAAUUGUUGCUGCUCAGGCACUUCAGGCCCAUGCUGCACAGGUGCAAUCACAAUCUCAGUCAGCCAAAGACUUAUCUGGUUCGCCUGACAAAGCUAGCAAGGGUGACGCACUGAAGAAAACACUACAAGUUAGCAAUCUUAGCCCACUUCUUACGGUGGAGCAACUGAAACAACUUUUUAGCUUUUGUGGUACGGUUGUUGAGUGUACCAUAACUGAUUCAAAGCAUUUUGCUUACAUAGAAUACUCAAAACCUGAAGAAGCAACGGCUGCUUUGGCAUUGAAUAAUAUGGAUGUUGGUGGUCGCCCCAUGAAUGUUGAAAUGGCAAAAUCACUUCCUCAAAAACCAGCUAUAAAUUCUCAACUCUCUACCUCCCUGCCUAUGGUGAUGCAGCAAGCUGUUGCUAUGCAACAGAUGCAAUUCCAGCAGGCUUUGCUUAUGCAGCAAACUAUGACUGCACAGCAGGCAGCUAACCGAGCUGCGACCAUGAAGUCUGCAACAGAGCUGGCAGCAGCAAGAGCUGCUGAAAUAAGUAAGAAACUAAAGGCUGAUGGAUUUGUGACUGAAGAGACAGAAACAAAGCCGAAAUCUAGGUCCCCUUCACCCUCUGGUGCAAGGUCCAGGUCCAAGUCAAAAUCACCAAUCAAUUACCGUCGAAGGCGGAGAUCCCCUUCUUACUCUCCCCCAUCCCGUCACCUAAGAGAUCGUAGAUCCAGAUCCCCAUUGAGGUCUCGCCAUUAUUCCAGCUAUGACAGUGAGCGACGAUCUUAUAGGGAUGAUAGGGAUGGCAGUGAUAAAGCUAGACGGCGGGAUUCAGGUAGAUCACGUGAUCUUCAUUCAUUGAGUUCUAGAAGAAAUAGGAGUAGAAGUGGUAGUCGUACAAGAAAAUCAUAUCGAGUUGAUUCGGCUUCACCUAAACACCGCCGAGAAAAUUCUCCACAUAGGGGAAAUAAGUCAUCACCAAGAAUUGGCGAUGAGGACAGGUUGAAACACAGAACACGCUCUAGAUCAAGAUCUCUAGAGGACAAGCAUCAUUCCAGCGAUAAACGAGAUGAAAUUCGGCAUGAAAGAUCAAAACAUCGUGAAAGAAGGCGAUUCAGGUCAGUAUCUGUAGAAGAUAAGAAUCAGAAAAGGAGGUCGUCCCCAAAAAGUCCAGAGGAAAAUAGAUCCAAACACAGAACGCGGGCCAGGUCAAAAUCUGCUGAAGUGAAGCCCUCUGUUGGGAAAGUGGAUGAAGCGGGAGAUGAAAAAUCCAAGCAUCGUGAUAGAAGGCGGUCAAGGUCAAAAUCUUUGGAAGGUAAGCAUCGCUCUGAUGAGAAAGCGGCCGACACGAGAGAUGAAAAAUCAAAACACCGUGGUAGAAGACGAUCCAGAUCAGAAUCUUUGGACGAGAAGCUUCACUCUGAUGAGAAAUUCAAAGAUGAAAAAUCAAAAAAUCGAGAUAGGAGGUGUUCUAGGUCGAGAUCUAUCAGCAGGGACAAGAAACCAAAGCAUCGUGAAAGAAGGCGUUCCAGGUCAUCAUCUGCUGAGGCUAAGCAUCACAGAGGAGGCAAGUCAUCCCCAAGAGGUUUGGAAGAAAAUAAAAGGAAACACAGAAGGCGCUCCAGAUCAAAGUCUGCUGAUUACAAGCAGCAUUCCAGCGAUAAAAUAAAUGAAAGUAGAGAUGAAAAGUCACGGAGUCGUAGGAGAAGACGGUCUAGGUCAGUAUCCGAAGAACGGAAGUAUAACAGAGGAAGAAAGUUAUCUCCAAAAGGUUUGGAUGAGGAUGAAUCAAAGCAGAAAAGAUACCAUCGGUCAGACUCUGAAGGUAAGUAUCAAAAUGGAAACAACGACAAAAAAUCAAAGAAUUGCGAAGAUGCCAAUAUGGAUCUGGAAUCAAAGGUUAGUAACUUACAUGAGGACAAUAAGUUGAAGGAUUCAAGAGAAAAUGUUUCUAUUGGAGUUGGUCAGGGAGCUCAAACUUUUAGAAUCUCUUGGGAUGCAGAGGAAGCAAGUACACAUGAAUUGCCUAUCGCUGAGCAUCUAGACCUUGACAAAGCUGAACUGGAACAUCAUAUUGAUUGUGAAAAGUCAAGGCAUGUUGGUAAUAUCAGUAGAAGUGGCUCUGGCAGGUCUGAAAUUUCUGAAGACUUGGGAAAAGAACUUGCCAACACCUGAUAUAUAUGUGUUUUCAGCUAUCCCCAUUGCAGAAGACGGAAAAUCUACAUGAAAAAGUUAAUGUGGACCACAGGCAGCUUGCAGUUUAAAAUCUUUCAUGCCAUUUGCCAAACCUCAUUCUGAUUUGAGAAGCUCGUCAAAAGUUUUGAAUUUCUGAUAAAUGACUUGCAAGAACGGCGGUGUUUUCGGAAGAUUGCUUAAUGUUUCAAUUGGUGCAUCUCUUCAUGAACAUGCUCUGUGUUUUUUUUUUUAUCUUUUGCAGGUAUUUGUGGAAUUGACUGGGAUUAAUGUCCGAGCUCAUGGGAUGUUCUAUAAGUAUGAAAAGGGUGUUCUACUUUGCUCUGCUAUCAGCCAUGCGGUGUUUGUAGCAAGCUUCUUUUACUGGUUGAUGUGCAUACUCGAAGUAUCUGUGCCUCUGGUUGGCCUUUCUUUCAUGUGGUUGAUCUUAGCCCCCCCCUUUUUUUAUUUUUUUGAAACAUUUGAUGGAGUGGUGGGCCUGUUAUGUCUCAAACACAUGCAGGUUAUUCAUGGUGAUUACAUUGGAGCAUAUUGAGAUUCUUUUUUGGCAGAGUCGAUUAUUCUGAUGUAAAAUGAAGGACAUGUCUGGUUAGGCAAUGGUACGUCUAAGUACAAGUGAAAUUCAGAUGUUGCUGGGAUGAAUUGCAUCAAAAUGCCACCAUGUUGAGUAUGAACAGACUGGCAUCACUUAACAAUGUUUUGCUUAAAUGCAUGGUGAAAUGCAAAUGUUGUCGUUGUAACAGAUCUUUGUUCUUGCAGGGCAGAUGGAUUUACCCUCUUUAAGAUUUGAAUAGAAAAUGUCGGGGGAAAAAAAAUUAAAAAAAAAAAAGAAAAAGAAAAAGAAAAUAAGAGAUGGUAUUACUUAUGGCUGUGGUCAUAUAAGAAUUGUGUCAUUGGUUGUGGGAAAUGAAUCCUUUUAUCGGUGAGUGAUAGGAUUGUUUCUCUACGAGCUUCCCUUUUAUUUAUUUAUUUUUUUUCAUGUGAAUUAUAAUGUGAGAUUAUGAGCACCUGUUCGAGAUCAAUUAUCAACUAUGCCAUAACCCUUGGAAUAAUACAGUGUGGAUAUUUUUUUGGUAAAAUGUUGUCUGAUGUAGAUAUUCAUAAAUAAAACAUGUGGAUGUCUGCGUUAAAUAUAUAUAUAUAUAUAUAUUAAUGUA